AUGGCUAGUCUACUGCAGAUGGGUUUACCUCUUAUUUACAGGAAUACCCUUGUGAAGAGCAUCCAACGUCCUCGGUCUUUCACUUGCACCAUAGUAGCCAAAACAACAAGGGCCGAUGAGUCUCCAGUUGUGCUUCGUCGUUCCGCAAACUAUCAGCCUUCUCUUUGGGACCAUCACCACCUCCUCUCGGUCGAGAAUAAAUAUUCGAAAGAUGAAAAUGUGCAUGAGAGAGAUUUGUUGAAAGAAAAUGUGAGGAAGAUGCUCAAUGACGAGAGGACCACUCAUCUCGAGCAAUUGGAGCUCAUUGACGAUCUGCAAAAACUAGGCGUUUCUUACCAUUUUGAACGGGAAAUCGACAAUAUUUUGACAUUUACUUAUCACAAAGAUAGAAGAAACUUCAUGGAGUAUGACAUGGAAUACGAUCUACAUGCUACUGCACUCGAAUUCCGACUGCUCAGACAACAUGGUUUCAAUGUUCCAGAAGAUGUAUUUGAUGUUUUCAUGGAAAACUGUGGAAAGUUUGACAGCCAUGAUAUAAAUGGCCUCUUAUCUCUGUACGAGGCGUCAUAUCUUUCAACAAAAUCGGACACUAAACUGCAAAAAAACAUUAGAGUUUUUGCAACACAACAACUCAGAAACUUUGUUGAUACUCAUGGUAGUAAAGAUUUUGCAUCCUGUGAUGUGGAGAUGGUGGUCCAAGCGUUAGAUAUGCCAUACCAUUGGCGAAUGGGAAGGCUAGCCACGAGAUGGUACAUAGAUAUGUAUGGAAAGAAACAUAACAAGAACCCUAUGUUACUUGAAUUCUCCAAGCUCGAUUUCAAUAUCGUACAAGCUGUUUAUCAAGAAGAACUCAAAUACGUUUCCAGCUGGUGGAGGGAGACAGGUUUAGCUAAUCAACUUCACUUUUCAAGAGAUAGAAUAGUGGAGAAUUAUUUUUGGACUACUGGACAAAUCCAAGAGCCUCAAUUUGGGAAGGUUAGACGAAUAAUGACCAAAGUAAAUGCACUUCUUACAACUAUCGAUGACAUCUACGAUAUCUAUGGCACUCUUGAAGAACUUCAACUCUUCACUGCCGCCUUUGAAAAUUGGGAUGUGAAUCGUCUUGAUGACCUCCCCGAGUACAUGAGGCUGUGUUUUCUUGUUGUUUACAAUGAAGUAAAUAACAUUGGAUGUGAUAUCCUCAGAAAUAAAGAUAUCAACGUCAUUCCUUUCCUCAAAAAGUCUUGGGCAGAUGUAUGCAAGGCAUAUUUAGUAGAAGCAAUGUGGUACAAAGGAGGGUACAAACCAAAUUUGGAAGAAUACAUGCAAAAUGCUUGGAUUUCAAUCUCGUCCCCAACAAUAUUUGUUCACUUCUACUGUGUAUUCUCCGAGCAACUCUCUGUUCAAGUCUUGGAGACUUUGUCCGAACACCGACAAAACAUCGCCAGAUGCUCUUCCUCUGUGUUCCGUCUAGCCAAUGACCUUGUAACCUCGCCGGAUGAAAUGGCGAGAGGAGAUGUCCUCAAAUCGAUCCAAUGUUACAUGAACGAGACCGGAGUUUCAGAAGAGAAAGCACGCAUGCACGUGCAGAAGAUGAUCAACGACAUGUGGGAUGAAAUGAAUUAUGAGAAAAUAGAAAAUCACUCUUCGCUGAUCCCUCAAGAUUUUGCGGAAACAGUAAUAAAUUUGGCACGUAUGUCGCAAUGCAUGUAUCAAUACGGAGAUGGCCAUGGCUGUCCAGAGAAAUCCAAAGUCAUUGAUCGUGUCAUGUCCUUACUCUUUAGCCCCAUUCCUCUGGAGUAA